AUGUCUGCUCCUCCAGCCAAACGGCAAAGGGUCAGUAGCUUCGACGCACCGCACGCAAUCAUCCCCCAAUUCGAUCCAGUAAAAGCUAUCAACGCCCUCAGCGAAGGCACUGUUCGCCGAAUCCUACUUGACGCAGCACACACGCAUGCUUCUGUUCUACUCAGAAUCGACGCUGCAUACAACGCACUGGUGGCCCGGGAGCAAGCUAGGGUGAUUGACUUCGAUCAUUUCAGUAAGAGUGUUUGGAAGGAGCUGAAUAACGAUCACCGUCACGAAAACGGAUCCAGACAGUACAAUAGCGCCGGUCCCGCAUAUCACUACGUGGUCAGCGUGAUCGAUACGAUUCGAACGGAAGCAGGGCCGGAAAGCUCGCUCGGAACCAGAAUCAGUGCUCUGGAGACGCUGCGGAAAAUUGGGAAGAGCAUUGCGCUGUCUGGAACGGAUGUGCUGGGCCACGAAGUGAUCAAGUCUUUCCAGCAAACAGACUGUUUUGAAGAGACCAUGCGGGACAUACUCGAAGUAGCAAAUGAAGAGGAGAUCGUUGCUGCCAUGUCAGACGAGUUCAUCGACAAACUCGAAGAGCUUGUUGGGCUUGGCGAGGGCCAGUGUAUUUUUGAAGGUCUCCCUGAAGUCCUUGAGCUCUUCAGAAACCCCGAAGAUACCCAGAGUGAGUCUAGCAGUGACGGAAUCUUGGAGGUCUACGACAACAACGAGGACGGGAAAGACGAGAGUGUGAAUGCACCCACGAGUAACAUGGGUAAUAAUGUGGCCGGUCAGGGAGUUGUCGCCGGGAUUACUGCUUGA